UGUAGCCGUGGUGAUUGCUUGACGCUAUCGUUUUGGAGAAUGGCCUGUCCGAAUGAAGUACACGAUGUUUUGUUUAGUAAAGCUCGAGUUGUGUUGAAUAAUAAUGUCAAGCGUCUUUGGUUUAAGAUCAACCCAUUCCUAGAAAGGAAAGAUACUUUAAAAGGAUUCAGUCAACCAGAGCAGUUGAGUAAAUUUGUGAAAUUAUUGCAGUCAAGUGUUGGUUGUGAGCAAUAUUUUUCAGACGAGUUGACAACAUUCCAGGAUGUCACCGUAGAAGAAUUCUGGGAUUUCCUGUAUUCUGACAAAUGGUCCCAUGGCUGUUCUAUACGGAUACUGGAAGGUCAACUGUUGGACUAUAUCAUCACAGCUCUGUAUGUCCUAGAGAAGACAAACAUCAUAGGACAUCAUAACACUUUUGCUUUUGCUAGGAACCAGCGAGAAAGACGAGGCUGUUAUAAACUAUCUAAUGAAGAAAAGGGGUGUACAUUAAUAGAGGAAACCUUGUUAUUAGAAUUUACGUAUUAUGGACGGAAAACCGAGAAGAAGUCUAAAGACAAGCCCUCUUCAACUCCCGAGACAACAACUGAAUCCACAUUCCACACCAUCACAGAGGAGGAGGAAGAGGAAUCGGACGAUUUUGCCACCAUGCAAAUCCUCUCCCGGUCAAGGAAAAGGAAGCAGAGUAUAUUCCAUUACAAUUUCGACCCAUAUUCGUCACACUCCUUCAAAAGAAAUUCUAUGUUUGUAUCAUCUGAUAACAAAGAGGAAAUGAAUGACAUUUCAAGACGGUUAGAGUACAUGGUAAAAACUGGCUGUGUAAAGAAUGACCCAGAUGACAUAAAAAAUACUAUUCGGAACUGGAAUGACCAGGAAUCUCGAAAUAAUGGAGACACAAUGUCAGAAAAAAGUACAACUGGAAAUGCAUCGGACAAACCAAAUGUAGAAAUCAUACCACAGAUUCCACGCGAUGACCCGAAGUCCAAUCAAAGUAGUCCGGAUAAUGAAUAUAAAAUGAAAGCAAGAGUGCGCAACUUGGCAAAAUUUGGCUGUACUGAAAAUGAUGUGUUUGGUGAUGGGUUAGAUGUGCAGGUGGUAGAUGAUGUCAAAACUUUGGAAACCUUCGACACCGGCGAAGAAUUCUAUUUAGGAGAAAACAUAACAAAAACUCUAACAGAAGAUUUGAAUGUUGAAGAUAAGCUAAGAUCGAAACUUAAAGACAAACAGAAAAUGCGCGAAGAGAAAAAAGCCAUAGAAAUAGACUGGCAGAAACACCAUCAAGGUUUGCCAAAGUACAAAGAAAUUGAUUUUAGCCAGUACGCAAAUACGAAAAGAGUCCUAAGGAUACCACCGCGAGUUCCAACAUUUGAAGAAUUCCUAUAUAUCCUAGAAGAGGAAGAAAAGUACGAUCCAAGAUUUCGACGAGCUAAACAAAUGUCCAAGAAGGUAGCCAAACGUUACAAUAUUCAAAGAGAGGCUCUGAGAAGUAAAAGAUCUGAUAAAGCAUUAGCAGAAGAGACGAGUCCUGAAGAUGACAACAAAUUGCCGCCAAUUGGAAUAAAACAAGGACAAUUAAAAUAUAGGCAAAAUACCAUAGGAUUUGCUGAAGAAGUAGGUGGCGUGACAGAUUCAAAAGCUUGCGAAAGAUGGGUAAUAGAUCAACAACAAGGGUUGAGAAAAAGGUCGCCGAGCAGACGCUUUACUGCAUUUUCAGAUGAGGAUGAACGAGAAAGGUCCGUUUCUUUUGAAUAUGAGUCAACAUUAUAUGAUUUUGAUGUAAUGAGGCGAGGAUCGUCUGUUGAAUCUGACAUCCCUCUGGUUUUUCUGACUUCUGCGUCAGGAACACUCACAGAACUUCUCCAUGAAGAAGAGGCGGAAACUGUUGAAAAUAUAACGCCUAAAAAAAACGAGACAAAAAUGACCAUUUCUACACUUUCAUCUCCGUUAAUAGUAAAAAAUAAGUUAAUGACUAAAAAAAAGUCAAUAAAAGAAACGAAAUCUAAGAAGCCAUCCCCUUUGAGAAAAACUCUUCCAAAGAAAUUGGAAGUCCCAUCUCCUGAAACUGAAACAGAUGAAGAACCAGAAAAGGAAAUGUUUGAUACUAAAAAGCUGAAUUUAAAAUACAGUUUCGAAAAGUUAAGAGGGAAGCAGAUUAAAAAGAAGGAGCCGUCAUUCAUUGAAGUCCUAAAAAAAUACUACAAAAUUCAAAAAGUGGUAAACAAAUUCACAUCACAAAAGAAAGGUGGUAGAAGGAGGGGUAUAUUUGCGCGGUUAAUGAAGUUACCUAUGGAAGAACACAAAGAAGAUUUACCUCCAAUCGGAACAUUAAAGAAGUUCGAUUUUUUAAAUCACAAAGCUCCACCAUUGAACCAGGGAGAAAACGUUUCGUUUGAUACAGUAUCAAUGCUCGAUUUCACAGCAAAAGUUCUUAAAGCUUUAGAUGACUUUGUUGUCAGGAAGGAACAGGUAGUUUCGGAUUAUUAUUCCAAGACUUCUAUGACCAUCACGUUCACCAGAAAAUCUGUUUUCAAGAUGAAACAAGAUUAAUUUUCGGAAACCUGAAAUUGGUAUUCAGGAAAAUAAAUAUCAUGACAUUGUAGUUGUUAUAAAAGAGAUAUACAAAUAAUGUUAUUAAAUUGAAUUAAAGUUUUG